AUGCGACCCCAGUACAUCCAAAAACAUCCCAAGAUAAGCAACCAGCAGCUGACCAGGGUUCUGUCUGAGGAACACAGGAAGGACCCUGAGCAGCUGAGGGUGAAAUACAGUCAGAAUCUUGAGAAACAGCACCCUGAUCUAAUCCAAAACCCAGAGAAAUCUGGUGUCCCCCAAAGAAGUGAAAUGAAAGUGCCAGAAAAUUUUCAGGAGAAUGUUCAAAAGGUGAAGUCUCCCCAAGAAAACAGUUUACCUAUGAAGUGGAAAUUCCAUGGAGAGCCCAAGAAGCCCCCAAUGAAUGGCUAUCACAAGUUCCACCAAGAUCUCUGGUCGAACAGGGAGCUGAAAGUGGUGCCCCCGAGGGAGCGCAUGGUGGAGAUCAGUAGACGCUGGCAGUGGGUCCCCCAGGACCAGAAGGAGCUUUAUAAGAAGCAGGCGGAGGAACUGCAGACACAGUACAAGGUGGACCUUGAUCUCUGGCUCAGGACUCUGUCUCCUGAAGAAUAUGCUGCCUACAGAGAGGUGACCUGUGCUAAGCGUAAGAACAUGAGCAUGAUGGGGGGCCCGAACCCCAAGAUUAGAAGGAUGGGUCUGCAGUCCCCAUCAUCAGAUAAUCUGCAAGGAAGACUUAGAGAGGACCCGGGGCUUCAGGCUGCAGAGUUAGCAUCAUCAGACACGACUGGAGAACAUUCUCCUGCCUCAGGGAGAUCAGAGGAAAAUGAGAAAGAAGAGGAGGAAGGCAGCCGCUCCUCAGCCCCUAGCAGUGAGGAUGAAGAUGGAGAUUCUGAGCUGGAGGACACCAGCUCCAGCUCAUCCUCCUCAGGGGACUCUUCUGACUCAGAUUCCGACUGA